UCGCAGCUCACAGAGAUGGCCGCGAACAGUCAAGAGCACUUUGAUGCUUAUGAGGCAUUGGAUCUUACAGAAUUUGGCAAAAACCAGCCUUGGUGGCGCAAACUUUUUGGGCAGGAGACACGGUCUGCGGGCGAGAAGUACAGUGUGGCAACCCAGCUCCUGAUUGGCGGCAUCACGGGCUGGUGCACUGGCUUCAUAUUCCAGAAAGUUGGAAAGCUGGCUGCCACAGCGGUGGGAGGGGGCAUUAUUCUCCUUGAGCUCGCAAACCAUACUGGCCACAUCAAAGUUGACUGGAAUCGCGUAGAGAAGGACAUGAAAAAGGCCAAGGAACAGCUGAAGAUUCGGAAGAGCGCCCAAUUACCAACUGAGGUCAAGAGCAAAGCUGAGGAGUUGGUGUCGUUCAUAAAGCAGAAUGUAUUAGUAACUGGAGGAUUUUUUGGAGGCUUUCUGCUCGGUAUGGCAUCCUAA